AUGACAGUGUUUAUGAAGGUAUACUUUAUAAACUUGAAGAUCCCAAACAUAGUUUUGUCUAUUAAACUGAAUCGGAGUUGUAUAAGCGCUUUGACUUUCUCUAGAACUAAAUCAAAAUAUUCUAAUAGGAAACAGGAAUCAUGCAUGUCAAGAGGACGCCAGAGACGUCAAAUGAUGGGUCUAUUAUUGCUAAAUCUACACCUUCCAUGGGUAGUUAUCAGUUUAAUUACACCUUUGAGUCAUAUCAAAGAGGAGGAACAAAUAAAAUCAACAAGUGUUGCAGAAAAAUAUUCUUCUCUUCACACUCAAAAUUGA